AUGCAUUCGACCGUCUUCACCGUUUUACUCUUUUCCUCUUUGAUCGGAGGAAACUUCGGAUUCUGGUCGGACUUUCCACCCGUCUUUCUCGACUCUGAAAACGACGGAUCCCCAAGAAAUGCUGUUUAUAACGUCAAUGAUCCUAUCAAACAUCCUGUCGGUUUCCUUCGCCCCUCGGACAAUACUGAAACUAUGGCUAGGAAAUUCGUUCUCAAGCUGAACAAAGCUAUUGCAACUGGAAAUACCAGUGAAAUCGGGAAAUACUUCGCAGCUCACUUUUUUCUACACGGAUGCCCUGGCUUUUUCAACAAGAAUCAAACAGUCGAAUUGCUCUCGCAACCAGUGGACAACGUUAUGUGGCAAUUUAAAUACAUCAAGUAUAGGAAAGAAUAUUUGAAUGACCGGAUUUACGUGAAACCGCUGAACAAAUCGGAUAACCUUGUCUAUAGUCUCGAAUGGCAUUUGUUCUUCGACGUAGUCUUCCGUGGAAACAUUGAAAAUUGCCCUGAGAAUGUUCACAAAAAGUUCACUAGUCAUGAAUCAAUUCUUGAUAAUUUUUAUUAA